GUUUUCUCAGGAAAUAUAACAAUAUGACAAGAAUCUGAUAUUUAUUGAUGAGCAUUGCUAUUCUUGUGGUGGGAAGUGGACAUGAAACUCCACAACAGGUGGUGACUAGAUACAACAAUUACAAGGCGAUAUGCAAUGGAAUGGGUUUUGAAAAAGUGAACUGCAAAGAUCCUAAAAUAGAUACUUUUGCUUUCCAAUCUACAAUCACCAAGCAUUUGGUAAACCUGAAGGCGAAAGAGACUGUGAUCUUUGAUAAGGUUUCGUUAAACGAAGGAAACGCGUUCGACAAGACUUCCGGAGUAUUUACAGCACCGUCCGAUGGAAUCUAUUCCUUUACGUUGACAACAUUAACAUCAGCUGGCAAAACUUUUAUUACCGAGAUUGUGCGGAAUGGAGAAAUGAUUACAAGAAACUUUUCUGAUGAGAGGGGUCGGGACGGAUUUGCUAUGUCAACCUCACAUGCUAACAUCAAAAUGAAGAAAGGCGAUAAAGUGGGCAGAGGCCAGUCUGACAGCUUUCACCAUACAUGUGGGGGCGAGACAACUGAGCCCCGAGCUUUUCUGGUUUACGUUGGCGGCCGCGUUGCGGACGGCCGUAAAGACGGAGUAUUCCGUGAUCUUUCCAACCGUGAAGAGGAGAUGUUCCCAGGAGAGAUGGACACCUUCUGUACUCUGUAA